AUGGCCAACACCUUUGCGAUUAUCGUCUCUGGCCGACUGGUGCAAACCGACUUUCAGCUGGUGGAGAGCAACAAGUUCCUCAUCACCAUUCCCAGCGCCGACAACAUCAACCACCUGGUGGUCUUCAUGACCGGCCUCUGUCCGCUGCCGGAGGGCAUGGCCGGCGCAGUGUACUUCAGCUUCCCCGACCCGCACGCCCCGCCGACCUGGAACUACCUCGGCUACAUCUCCAACCAGAAGCCGUCGGCCAUCUUCAAGAUCACCAAGCUGAAGCAGAUGGCCACCGGCGACAAUGGAAACAGCCUAAUUGGCGGCGACCUAAACACCACUGCCAACAGCAGCACCGGCUUCGGCUUCGUCCAGCCGAUCAUCUCGCACGUCGCCCAGAUUGGCAUCUCCAUCGAGCCGGAGGCGGCCAUCCUCCAGCUGGCCGCCGAUCCCUCCGUGAAUGCCGAAUCCAGCAUUGCUAACGGCUCGGUGCUGAGCAAGUUCGAGGAGUUCACCAACAAGACGGCGGAGAACCUCUUCAACUACUGCUCCAGCUUCAGCAACAGUGCGCUGAGCUUCGCCAAUAAUCCGGCCGCCGCCGGGCAGCAGUUUGUGCCGCUCAGCACCAUCAACGACUGGUACCAGCGAUUCAUGCGCAAUCUAAAGCAGAAUCCCAACUUUUGGCGACUUUGA